AUGCAUCCCGGAUCCAAGGACAUCCCGCAGCGCCGCACGUGCACCGCCCACCCUGAGUCAGGCACCGCACCCACCGGGCGCCACGGGCGCCGAGCCCACGUGGGCCGGGGACAGCCGGGUUUAUCUGGGAAGCCGACGUUUGGGAGCGCGGAGAGGAAGACGCCCGUUAAAAAACUGGUGUCCGAGUUCUCCAAAGUGAAGAGUAAAACUCCAAAGCACUCCCCGGGGAAGGAGGAGUCAGGCGGCUCCUUGGCCGAAACUGUUUGUAAACGAGAACUGCGGAGCCAAGAGACUCCAGAAAAACCCCGGUCACUCCUGGAGACCCCGCUCCGGGCCUCGGCCCCGCCGAAGGGCCCCGGCACCCACCCCAAGGAGAAGGGCUUGGGCAGCGAGGCCGACGACCUGCCCUAUCUCUCCACCACCGAAAUGUACUUGUGCCGCUGGCACCAGCCGCCCCCGUCGCCGCUGCCGCUGCGGGAGCCUUCCCCGAAAAAGGAGGAGACUGUAGCAAUUCCGUCUUGGAGGGACCAUGUCGUGGAGCCCCUGAGAGACCCCAACCCCUCGGACCUCCUGGAGAACCUGGACGACAGCGUCUUUUCCAAACGGCAUGCGAAGCUGGAGCUGGAUGAGAAACGAAGGAAAAGGUGGGACAUCCAGCGGAUCAGGGAACAGAGAAUCCUGCAGCGGCUGCAGCUCCGAAUGUACAAAAGGAAAGGGAUUCAGGAGUCGGAACCUGAAGUUACCUCAUUUUUCCCUGAGCCAGAUGACGUGGAAAGUUUGCUCAUCACCCCGUACCUGCCCGUCGUCGCCUUUGGCCGGCCCCUACCCAAACUGACCCCACAGAACUUCGAGCUGCCGUGGCUGGAUGAGCGCAGCCGCUGCCGGCUGGAGGUGCAGAAGAAGCAGACGCCGCACCGGACCUGUCGGAAGUAACGGAGAUGCCGGGAGCUCUGAACACCUCCGGGAGCUCCGUGUGCCACCAGAGGCUCCGCCGUCACCGGCUCACCGCCCGCUCCGUGCCGACGGAUGGUUUCGUUCCUCUGCGAUCCCAGUUUUGUUCUCUUGGGUUUUGGAACGUUCCCCGGACUCGUCCCCCCCGCGCUGGCACCGGCCGAGGCUCCCCAGCGGCUGCUCCACUCCCGUGGCCUU